GCCAUUUUGAGACAGAUGAGCACGGAAGGGACCAUAUUGAGAACUCUGGAUGCCUGGGGCCGCCAUUUUAAGUAUGGGCCCAGCCGAGAAGCCCUGUACGGUGAAACGCUGUGACAUGCGGCGGCCAUAUUGGUGCGGAUCCCCUUGGCGGCGGCCAUCUUGAACGGAGACCUGCUGUGGGCGUCGCCAUCUUAGAAGUAAAACGGCCUCUUCCCAGGAACUGGAACCAAGCUCCUCCCUUCUCACUGGGUACCUCCUGUCUGCGACUGCCCUUCGGAAGCUCUCCCUAAGUCCACCCCGUUAGGGACCCUCCAUUCCCCAUAUCCUGGAAAAUGUGAUGAGCUACAGGUAUCAGCUUCUAGAUCACCACUUUAACGUUCUAGCUACAAGUACUCGAGCAGAAGAUCCAGGGGCAGCGAGGUCCAUCAGGAAGAUAUCUAAAGAAAUGGCAGACCAAAGAGAAGAAGGAGCAGCUGGGGAAAGAGAGGCAUGCAGAGAUCAGAUCAAAGAAUCGGACAAAGACGAGGAACCACCAGCUGCUUCAUCCCAUGGCCAGGGGUGGCGUCCAGGUGGCAGAGCACCUAGGAACUCAAGGCCUGAACCCGGGGCCAGACCCCCUGCACUCCCCAUCAUGGUCAAUGACCCACCAGUACCUGCCUUACUGUGGGCCCAGGAGAUGGGCAACGUCCUGGCAGGCCGUGCCCGCAAGCUGCUAUUGCAGUUUGGGGUGCUCUUCUGUACCAUCCUACUCCUGCUCUGGGUGUCUGUCUUCCUCUAUGGCUCCUUCUACUACUCCUACAUGCCGACAGUCAGCCACCUCAGCCCCGUGCAUUUCUACUACAGGACCGACUGUGAUUCCUCCGCCUCCUUACUCUGCUCCUUCCCUGUUGCCAAUGUCUCACUGGCUAAGGGUGGACGUGAUCGGGUGCUGAUGUAUGGACAGCCGUACCGCAUUACCUUAGAGCUUGAGCUGCCAGAGUCUCCUGUGAAUCAAGAUUUGGGCAUGUUCUUGGUCACCAUUUCAUGCUACACCAGAGGCGGCCGAAUCAUCUCCACCUCUUCACGCUCCGUGAUGCUGCAUUACCGUUCAAACCUGCUCCAGAUGCUUGACACACUGGUCUUCUCUAGCCUCCUGCUGUUUGGCUUUGCAGAGCAGAAGCAGGUCCUGGAGGUGGAGCUGUACCCAGAAUACAGGGAGAACUCGUAUGUGCCGACCACCGGAGCCGUUAUCGAGAUCCACAGCAAGCGCGUCCAGCUGUACGGGGCCUACCUCCGCAUCCACGCCCACUUCACUGGGCUCAGGUACCUGCUGUACAACUUCCCGAUGACCUGCGCCUUCGUUGGUGUUGCCAGCAACUUCACCUUCCUCAGCGUCAUCGUGCUCUUCAGCUACAUGCAGUGGGUGUGGCGGGGCAUCUGGCCCCGACACCGCCUCUCUCUGCAGGUAAACAUCCGAAACAGAGACAGGUCCCACAAGGAAGUCCAGCGGAGGGUCUCUGCCCAUCAGCCAGGAGGCACAGGGCCGCAAGGCCGGGAGGAGUCCACUCAGCUGCCGCCCAUUACAGAGGGUAGUGAGAGCCGGGCAGACCCCUCGGAGCCAGAAGGCCAGCUGUCUGAGGAGGAGAAACCAGAUCAACAGCCCCUGAGUGGCGAGGAGGAGCUAGAGCCCGAGGCCAGUGACGGUUCAGGCUCCUGGGAAGAUGCAGCUCUGCUGACGGAGGCCAACCUGCCUGUUUCUGCCCCUGCCCUUGCCCCGGAGACCGUGGGCAGCUCUGAACCCUCCACAGGCACUGUCCGACAGCGCCCCAUUUGCUCUAGUUCCUGAAGAGAAUAGGGCAGAGUCCCCACACUCCAGCCCUCUCCCCCCCCCCCAAUCCCUUUCCCUUUCCGGGGCUCCCCCAAUAAACUCUUUUCAUGCCAGCUGCC